AAAAAGUCUUUUUGUAGUCGUUCAACUUCGGAAACAGGAUAUACAUCAAUCGGAAGGUGUGUACUUGUCAUAACAACAACAAAAAACGUGCAAAAUCGUCAUCAAAAUAAGCGUAUUCUGGCCUUGAACAACACUACCAAUUGUGAACCAAACUCGUGACAUUUCGGAAUAUGGGCGCAGCAGCGCCCCUAGCGGCGGCUGCGGUCGCUACAGGUGAAUGGAAAUGUGUAUUCUAAAUAAUAAAAUGUAAAUGUGUAUUCUAAAUAAUAAAAUUUUGUGAUGGAAACUAACACUUACAGAGAAGUUCACCAGCGCCACCUAUGCCAAGGCCUCGUGUGUCAGCUGGAAAAUGGUAAGAACACGGACACGACAAUAUCCGUGCAGGGCGAGACGUUUCACUGUCACCGCGUCGUGCUGUCCGCGGUGUCAUCCUUCUUCAACGCCAUGUACUCCUCUGGUAUGAAGGAGAGUGUUGACGGCAUGGUUACCCUCCACAACGUCACGCCGUCGACGUUUCACGACGUCCUCCACUUCAUGUACAAUGGAACCGUCGACAUCAACGACGAAAACGUCGUCGACUUCCUGCGCACCGCCAGCAUCUUCCAGAUCACGACUCUGUUGCAUAUUUGUGAGAAGUUCCUCUUGGACAUCUUGUCCCUGAAGAACGUCCUUGAGGUGUGGAGACUCGCCAGUGCGUACAGCUGCCCAACGCUACGGGAGUACGCGUGGGAUUUCAUUGUGGACAAUUUCUCAGACCUCUCUCGCAGGGAUGAGUUUCAAGACAUCACGAAGGACGAACUGCUGUCGAUGAUAAACGACGACAAUUUGAAUGUCGUUAACGAAGAAUCCGUCUGUGAUGCGACACUGACGUGGAUUCGCUUCGAGCAAAGCAGAGUGAAUCAUCUGCUUGAGAUCUUCCACAAUCUGAGGUUUCCGUUGAUGCGCACUACUUACAUAAACUCCCUUUUGGAGUCCAAUGCGUUGUUAACAGAGAAUAAAGAAUGUAAAGAAUAUCUUCAACAAAUGACUAAAACUGCCACAAAGUCGACGAUUGAUCCCCAGGCCGUCAAAGAACGCAACGAACCGGUGCUAGUCAUGGUGGACGGCAGACGCCAGGACGUCAUCUGUUUCAGUCUUCAGAGGAAGAAAUGCUUCUCCUUGGCCAAGUUCCCGUACUUCGCCGACGGCAAGGCCUCGUGCACGUACAACGGUGACAUAUACGUGUGUGGGGGAACCACGGGUAUGGUUGCAGAUCGCUUGGUGAAGUUCGAAUCUAAACGAAACCGCUGGGAAGAGUGCUCAUCCAUGCUGAAUGGUCGCUGUUACCACGAGCUAGUGGCGACUAGUGAAUGUCUGUACAGUCUGGGUGGGUUCUCCAUGGAUACAGCUUUGUCCAGUAUAGAGGAAUAUAACACUGCUGCAGGGAGCUGGGGAAAAGUGGGAGAUCUGGUGGUUGCGGUUGGCGGCAUGUCGGCGGCAGUAUUGCACGACACCAUUUACAUUUUUGGAGGUAAACGAAACCGUGUGGAAAGGAAGACUCCCAUAUUCCAGAGUUUUAAUACGAAAACUAGGACAUCUUCAGGGCUGGAGAAUCUUCCAAUUAAUAUAUGCUGGAGCCAAGCUUUGACCAUCGACGACAGUAUCUACGUCAUCAGCCCAGACGGCAACGUCAUCAAGUAUUGCUCAGAAUCUCACCCGUCUAUCGUGAGCGUGAUCAAGGACCUCGACUGUCAGUAUUUCAGAAUUAUCGGACACAACAGAAAAAUCAUCAUUCUUCAGGUUGGAGAUUUGAAAAACUACGACGAACUACGGGUAUUUGAUCCCAAGUACAACAAUUACUGUGUUGCCAGAGAGAGGCUGCCGAGAUCGUUGUGCGAUUCCGAUUGGCUAAAAGUGGUAAUUAAUCGUCAACAUUUGAAGUAUGAAUAUCUGUCCCAUAGCUCACACAGAUAGACAGAAAAUGGAUGUUAAAAUAUAAAAUUCUAACAUUAUGAUUGUGAGAUACUACGUAACAACAUGUACGCAAUGGACUUAGUUGACUGCAUAAUUUUGUUUUGCUAAUACGCAAUGUACCAAUUUGAGUGCAAUCCUCCCCCCCCCCCCCCCCCCACACACACACACGUUUAAAUCCAUUGUCUCGUCUCUCCAUCUUAAAACAUCGUUUCCUAAUGCAAAAUUCAAACACAAAUGUGUUUUAAUACUCUGGGUGCUUUCGUAUAUGGUCAACUCUCUUUAUAUAACUCGUCCCGUCUUUUAACACCAUUGUUUUAUAUUUAUUUAGAAGAUUAGCGCUCAUGAGCGUACAAGCUCCAAUUUUUUGUAAGGUGUGCGUCGGGGGGGGGGGGGGGGGGGGGGGGGGUUGCGGGCUGAUUUUUGCCCGAAUAAAAA